UGUGUCAUCCACCUGUCCUGCAGGUUCGUGGUGGGCUCCAACAGGGUGAUCUUCAUGCUGCGGGACGGCAGUGUGGCCUGGGAGGUCAAAGACUACCUCGUGUCGCAGGAGCGCUGUAUGGACGUCACCGUGGAGGGACAGGUGUUCCCCGGGAAGGCUGCCAAGAAAGACGACGCCAAAUACAAGCAGCCCAACGAAGUCAACACCAAGAAGAAGAGCAAAAAGAAGGCUGAGACCAAGAAGCCCGACUUAGAGGGGAACAGUGCCAGGCAUCUGAAACAGGAGCUGUGAUGGAGGCUCAGGUCUCUUUUCUUCUGGCCUUAGACAUGCAUAUUGUGACAACCAGCCUGUCAGCAGUAAGCUGUUGGGGGGGGCUGCAGGGGGAGCAACCCUGACUGGUCCAGCUCUCCCUCAUUGGAACAUGUUGCAGUGAUUAAGUCAUGGUUUAACGAGCUCUUUCAAUCAAUGCUGUAUGGGUUCUUCACAUAUUUUUUGUUGUUCGAUUCUCACCUAAUGAAAAGCAAUGCAUUCAGAUCUAGUUUGAAAGGUACUUGAUUUAAGAGCCGUUCAUCAGACCUCCAGGACUGCAAAGUGUUCUGUUGUCUUUGUUCACAUCCAGCAGCAUUUACAAGUACAUUCAAAAGUAGCACCCAUAUUUUCUGUUUGAUUUUUCACUGAAUAUGAAAAUAAAACAAUUUUAUACAAUCAUAUUGGAUUUCUUCAGAAGAUAUAUGCAAAGAAGAACAUUUUCAUUGAUGAUGUGGAUAUUGUGUCAAACAAAAGCAUUGUAGAUUGAGGUGUGACCAACAGGAAGCAAAAUGUCCCCUGAUUAAACCCAACACCACUCCCGUUCUGAUGGACGACAUUGUCAUUUCUUCAGACUGCUGACAUCAAAGGAGUUCUGCUCAAUGCACAUUGGUAAGACCCAGAGAGGCCAGUAUGUACUACAGUUCAUGGAGGGCAGAAAUCCAACUUUCUGUAUGAAGUCAAACAUGUUCACAUGAACCAGUUGGAGUGAAACCUUUCCACACGUCAUUGAGCUGUUAAAGGGUCAGCACAGAGACAUGAAAAGACGACGCUUCCCUCUAGUGGGACCAUGCAUAGAGCUUAGUUUAUGAUGCACCUCUGUCCACCAGUAGUGGACAGAGUGGAGUAGUCACUAUAACACUGAUUGAAAACACAGUGCUCGUUAACACACACUCUUAACUCACAAUCAGGUUUCAAUGUGAACUUCAUGUGUUUUCAAAAUUCAGUCCUGAUCGUAUCUUUCACUGAAACGUCCCUCUGAAACACGAUGUAGCAGGCAGUGUAUUCAGAGGACUGCAGACAGAACCGUCUCUCUCUGAACCGUCUGCUUUAGUAUCUUUCUCUUCAAGGCCCUUUGUAUGGAAUACAAAAAAAUGUAAUGCCUUGACAAAACGUAAUAUAUUUUUUCACAUAUUUUAAAUAACAUGCUGCGUUUUGUAAUUAACAGCCUGAAUGCAAUAUGUAAAACAUUUUCCCCCGUCAUAAUAUAGUAUGCCAUAAAAAUACAUUAUAACUAGCUAUUUAAUAUACUAGUAUGACGUCAAAAAUGUCAAAUUAUAUUUUGGCAAUAAAAUGUCAAAAGCAUACUAUGUAGUAAAACAAACAGCAAUAUUGAAUGUCAUGAAAUGUAACGGUACAGUAUUUAAUAAAAUAAUAAAAUACAUGCUAAAAAUGAUCAUAGUGAAGUAUGUUAUAAAGUAAAAUUAUAGAGUUCAGCAUGUGUCAUGGCCAGGCCGUGCCUCCUGUUUCCCC